UCUACAGAUCGUUAUGUGAGCCUUCACUCAGACACUUACCACCUGCAUAUGAACAGACUUCCUGUGUUGUCUCACUUCCUCAUUGAGACAUCUGAACUUCAGGAGAGUCUCUCCUCUGCAGACAGAACAGUGUCACUAAUAAAUUGUUAAGGGUCUUGCCUCAUCAGCAGUUAAUUAUUCCUAUAAGUCCAGGACGUGUUGCUGGAUGCGCUGCAGGACAGGGAGGCCCAGGAGAACCCAAAGCAGGUCUGAGAGAGACAGACCCUGCAGUAGAAUGAGAGGUUUUCUACUGGGACCCUGGUGAGGAGCGACACCACCACCUUAGUCCACCAGGGGCGCCAAAGUCAUCACAACACCAAAGAUCCUUUUAGUCACUUCGAACGUAUUAGUGGAUUAUAGCCCUGUUAUUGUUUCACUAGUACGGUGAUGUUUUGGGAUCAAUAUUACUGUUUCAUUUUAAAGUAUGUUGGUUUUAACGAAUAGAAGGUGAUGAACAAAAUGUAACUUAAUCUGUCAGAUAGUUCUAAGGAAGAAUAGUUCAUAUGUAGUGAAGAGUAAAGCGCGCUGCAUAAAAGGGAAGUAGAGUAGUAAAUGAUGUCUUUGCGGAGCCUCUGCGCGCGCGUGUGUGCGCGCGCGCGUGUCGAGACUCCGCUGAUGAUCGGACUCAGUUUGUGACACAGGUUCUCUUCUCAGCACACUGGAGAGUCUCCAUCGAUCAACUCACGAUGGUCAGGCGACCAUCAAACCCGCGAUGAUAUGACGUCAUGUAGUUAGAGGUCCGGCGGACACCAUGUCUCCAUCAUGGAGCUUCUUCCCCGCCGCGGCUCUGCUGGCGCUGCGCCUCUGCGCCGGCAUGAAGUCCUGCUCUAUCUGGUCCACCUCCGGACCUGUGGUGCAGAGAGGCUCCAGUUUCCAGGUGUACUGCACCUUUAACUGCAGGUGCACAGGCGCCAUGUACAACGACCAUCCGCCCAAACUGCAGAGGCACAAAGUGCUGAAUUCCACAACAGUAUUUGUGAAUGUGGCGAACAUAACCAAGAACAUAACGUACAGCUGUCUGUGUAAAUGUGCUCCUGAGCUGGACCCCUGUGGACUGGACAUCUCAGCUGGCUAUCUUCCAGAGCUCCCAAAAAACCUUUCCUGCAUCUACGAGGUGAAAGAAACCCAGAAUGGAGUCGUGUCGUGCAGCUGGAGCGCAGGACGAGACACUUUUCUGUGGAACCACUCUGUGCUGCGGGUGAUGGCUACAUCCAAGAACCACACUGAGGGACCGGCGGACUACGUUUCUACGAAGAAAGCUGGUUUGUCAUCAGCUAGUUUCACUGCGUCUGGUUCUGUUCAGUCAAUCUCUGUACAGGUAGAAGUCCGAAAUCCACUGGGCUGUGAAAAGACCCCCUUCAUCCCCUACCAACUCAAGGACAUAGCUUCCCCAUCGACUCCGGUUCUCGGUUCCCCCAGGUGCUCAUCCCGACACUGCGUCAUCGAGGUGAAUCAGUCUGUUUGGACUGCACACCUGGAGAUACAGUUCAGAGCGGAACCACAUAUAUGGACUUAUUCCCGAGACCAGACAGGUCCAGAGCAGACGGGUUCUGUGCAGUGCUGGUCCGUCUCCUCUCUAGAGCCCUUCACUUUCUACCAGUUCCGAGCCAGGUCCAGACUCAGCCUAUGGAGCCAGUGGAGCGCUACCGUCUCCAGCCGGACUCAGGAGGAAGCUCCAGCCAAAGAGUUGGAUGUUUGGUUUGCUGAAGCCGCCUCAGACUUUAAAUCCCUGAGAGUUUACUGGAAGCCGCUGAGCGCUGCCUCGGCUCGAGGGAGAAUCCUCGCUUACACACUCAGUGUGAAGAGCAGGAAGUGUGGAAUCAUCUUCAUCUCCAACGUUAGUGCAGACGUAUCAAACGACAUGGUGAAGUUCUGUGAGGACUGUGAAGUGAGGGUGUGGGCGAUCAACUCCAAAGGAACGUCUCCCCCAGCCACCAUUACUGCUCCUCACAGGAAAGUGAACCCUCAAGAGGUGCUGCCUCCUCAGGAUGUUCAUGUAUCUGCAACUAACCACAGCAUCUGCAUCUCCUGGAGGAGGCCUGACUCCGCUCCUCUCCAUGCAGCCUACGUGGUGGAGUGGUACCGAGAGGACAAGAUGGAGGAGCUCCAAUGGGUCCGACUAGGCAGAGAUGACAACCACACAGUACUAACAGGUCUGAAGCCCUUUGAGUGCUACGUGGGAGCCGUGCACGUUGUCUACAAUCAGAGCUCAGUGAGCAGCAGCAGGUUCAUAGGUGUCUCCAAUGGGACCUCAGCUCCGUCAGCAGCUCCAUCAGUGCAGGAGACGGUGGAGGGGAACCGGGUGACCGUAACCUGGACGGAGCCCCCCAGGAGUGAAUGGAGGGGCUGUCUCACCAUCUACACCAUCUACCUGGAGAUGAACAGCACACGACUACCGCCUGUCUCUGUUCCAGCUGUUCAGAGGACGUACAUCAUUGGGAACCUGUCUCCAGCCAAGUACCGUCUCUGGAUGACCGCCUCCACUGCAGGAGGAGAAGGCCGCGCAGGUCGAAAGGUCAACUUCUCCAUCCAGCAGGAGAGCCAACUCUCCCCUUUGGUCCUGUGUGCUGUCGUCGGCCCGGUCCUGAUGGUUCUGGUGUGUCUGUACCACAGCUCAGCAGUGAAGCAGAGGUUCCGGGUCUUCUUCCAGUGCCUCGUGCUCGAUGUGGUUCCGGAUCCUGCAAACAGCCAAUGGGCCAAGGACAGUCUGCAGGGAAAGGGGAGCAUGAACCUCCAGCUGCAGCUCAGUAACUCCGGUGUCAGCGAGGAGGAGGAGGAGCCCAACCUGGUGGACGUGGAGGAGCUGCUCCUUCCUCCUCCUCUGAGCUGCACUGAGAGGGAGCUGCUCCAUCCUCAGACCAACUACAUCAAGAGCUUCUCCCACGACUCAGACAGCUCCGUCCACACGCAGACGUCCCUGGACUCCACCGCGGACUACAUCUCGUCCCACGGACCAGGACACAUGGAGGAGGAGGAGGAGGAGGAGGACCAGGAGCCGUUUGGAGGGAUGCUGGGUUUCUUCCCCAGUGACGACCUGCUCACGCAGCCGAUGGAGUUUGGAGGGAAGUUGACGCUGAAAGCUGUCAGAAUAGACUGUAGUGACUUCCUUCUGUCAGAGGCGUAGAUGUUGAGCUCUGGUGACGUGAGGUCUGAAGACAUCUCCAGAGGGAACUAUGAGGACACAAUGACUCCACGUGGUUCGUGACAUUACCUUAAAACAGUUCAGGCUGCAUGAGGAACAUGACAUCAUGUGUCCACAUGGGACAUCGUGUGUCCACAUCGGUCCUGAAACCCUCACAUCGGGACAGGAACAACUCCCCAAAGAAUGAGAAGGCCUCAGUGGGACGUUGGAGACGACUCUAAAGAUCUCAACGCUGACUGAGGAGACGUAACGAGUCAUGGACAAAGAUGGGUUUUUGUCCUUUUGCUUGUCAAAUCUCAGACACGUUCCCCCCCCCAAUAAAAACUCUUCAGAUUUACACGAUUCUUGUGGAUGAUUUCAAAACGUUUGCACAUCGUCAAAAUCAUUCAAAUGUAGUUUUUAAAUGGUCGAGAACGUUUAUAAGACUCAGCGUUUAGUGGACGGAAAAAAACAUUAAAAAGAGAAAGAACCUUUGAGAAAAUGUAUAAAUAUUAGUCUCAACAGUUGUCAUUUAAAAUGUAAUAUUUUAAACUAUGGUUAAAUUGAGUUAUGUAUGAACAUUCCCAUCCCAUUUCUUUGUUAUUGACUAAUAUGUUCAUAUUAAUAAAGGACUUAAUCAGUGGCAUUAAUCACUAAGUCACUAAAUGAGUCAUUUC